AUGCUUAUCGAUACUACUCAUUAGGAUAUUAUUCAUGAUAUAGCUUUUAAUUUCGACGGAAAUCGAUUUGCAACAGCUUCCAGCGAUCAAACAAUGAGAGUUUACAACAAAGUAAAUGGGAAAUGGGAAAAGAGUGCCGAAUGCAAAUGUCAUGAUGGUCCAAUCUGGAAGAUUAGAUGGGCUGAUCCUAAAUUUGGAUAAUUGAUAGCUACUUGUAGUUAAGACAAAGGUGUUUGUGUUUGGGAAGAAAAGAAAUUCUUACAAGAAAAUCCAUCAGGAUAGAAAUAAAUAAUUAUAUAAUGGAAACAGAGAAUAUUAAUUUUAGAGAGCAAGGAAGCAGUGGCUGACAUAUAAUUUGGUUCAAAAUCGAAUGGCUUAUUAUUGGCAAUAGCGUAUGUCGAUGGGAAAUUACAAAUUCAUAGAGUUUAUGAGCAGAAUUAAUUCAUCAAGGAAGGUGAAGACAUUUAGAUAAUGACCUAUGGGUUGAGAGCAAUAUCAUGGAAUCAUGCUCCAUUAGAAAGGGAGAUGCUGGUAGCUGCAGGUAAUGCAGAGCAAUAAAAGUAUUUAAGUAAAAUAAAAAUGGACCACUUUAAUGAAAAUCAAAAAUUUGGAAUGAAGAAGAUUUAUGAAUUUGAUGAGGAGAAAACUAUAAAUGAUGUUCAAUGGGCAAAUCAAAAUGGGAAGAGCUUUCAUUUAAUUGCAUCUGCUAGUGCUGAAGGAGUUAAAAUAUGGUAGAUUAAGAUAAUCAAAGAGAGUCAAGUUGAAAAAAUGAAAGUCUUUAAUAUCAAUCGAGAAACUAAACCCAAUUAUCAUGCUUAUAGAGUCUCUUGGAAUAUUUUGGCUAAUCUUUUAGCAGUAUCUUGUGAAAGCAAAAAGAUGGAUGAAAAUUAAGCCUUUGUUACUUCUAGAGAGGUUAGAAUUUAUUAAAAUUAAAAUGGGAGCUGGGUUGCAAAAGGAAUCAUUUAGGAAGCCAAUUUUAUAAGAGAUAGUAUAUCACUGCAACAUUUUACAACUAAUGGAUUGAUUUCUUGA